CUGGCAACCAUCAGUCAGCAAUGGCCGCACUUGGUUCUUGUCGUUAGUGGGUGAGGUCGUGUUCAUUUUGACCGUGUUAGGUAGAUAGAAAUUGUUGAAUUGAACCCAAAAGCCACCGCCAGUCGGCUUGUGGGGAUAACUGCGAGAAGCAAUUUGCUGGAAAUACACCCAAGACUCAACUUUUUCGUCCACAAUGAGGGAAAUUGUGCACAUCCAAGUCGGCCAGUGUGGUAACCAAAUGGGUUGCAAGUUCUGGGAAGUGAUCAGCAACGAACACGGCAUUGAUUCGAACGGGAAUUACCACGGCGAUAGCGAGCUCCAGCUGCACAGGGUCAACGUCUACUUCAACGAGGCCGCAGGGGGCAAGUAUGUGCCCCGUGCCAUUCUCGUGGACUUGGAACCAAGUACCAUGGACUGCGCAAGGUCUGGACCCUUUGGUCAAAUUUUCCGACCUGACAAUUUUGUGUUUGGUAAGAGUGGUGCUGCUAACAACUGGGCCAAGGGUCACUACACUGAUGGUGCUGACAUGGUUGACUCGGUAGUGGAUGUGGUGCGUAAAGAGUCAGAAAGCUGUGACUGUCUGCAGGGCUUCCAGCUCACACACUCUCUUGGGGGUGGAACCGGUUCUGGGAUGGGAACCCUACUGAUCAACAAGAUCCGUGAGGAAUACCCCGACCGUAUCAUAAACACUUUCAGCGUGGUGCCUUCCCCCAAGGUGUCCGAUACGGUUGUAGAACCUUACAACUCCACUCUCUCCAUCCAUCAGCUUGUUGAGAACACAGAUCAAACUUACUGCAUUGACAACGAGGCCCUGUACCACAUCUGCUUCCGCACCCUCAAGCUGAGGACACCCACCUACGGAGACCUGAACCACCUGGUGUCCUUCACCAUGAGCGGGGUCACCACCUGCCUGCGCUUCCCCGGUCAGCUCAACGCCGACCUCCGCAAGCUGGCGGUCAACAUGGUGCCUUUCCCCCGCUUGCACUUCUUCAUGCCCGGCUUUGCCCCUCUGACCAGCCGGGGCUGCCAGCCGUACCGAGCCCUCACGGUCCGUGAUCUCACCCAGCAAGUGUUUGACUCCAAAAAUAUGAUGGCCGCAUGCGACCCGAGCCGCGGACGCUAUCUCACCGUCGCCACGGUGUUCCGUGGCCGUGUAUCCAUGAAGGAGGUUGAUGAGGAAAUGUUCAAAAUCCAGAACAAGAACAGCAGGUACUUUGUGGAGUGGAUCCCCAACAACAUCAAGACCGCCGUCUGUGACAUCCCGCCCCGCGGACUCAAGGUGGCUGUCACUUUUAUCGGCAACAGCACGGCCAUCCAGGAGCUGUUCAAGCGCAUCUCGGACCAGUUCACAGCCAUGUUCCGCCGUAAGGCCUUCUUGCACUGGUACACGGCUCAAGGCAUGGACGAGAUGGAGUUCACUGAAGCGGAAAACAACAUGAACGAUCUGGUAUCCGAGUACCAACAGUACCAGGAUGCCACUGUGGACAACGAAGGGGAAUUUGGGGAAGAGACUGAAGUGGCUGCUUGAAAACAACAAGAUCUCCCUGCUCUCUUAUUUCAUACUGUACUCUUUUAACACAGUAGACUACUAAUGUUGAACAAAAGAGAAGGAAAACACUAAAGAAGGCCGAACCAUUUGUAAAUCUCUACUCCUUUGAAUAAAAUCCUUUGAAAGGCAGAGCCUCUACAUUGUUUUUCUUCAGUCUUCUCUCUACAAUCCAUAGACCUCAGUCAGCGUCCGCCCUGGUUAGCAUGUUUCGGCUAAAUUUUGCCUCAGUUAGCGUACAAUAUGGCACACAUCUUGUCGUGUUGUUAAUACACCGUGUGAGUCCCGGUGUGUUUGUGUAUUUUUAUCACUAAAUGUCCUUAGUUUCUAAGAAAUACACUUAGCAUGCUCACAAAAUGAUAGCCGUAACCGUAAGUUAGCCCGGCUAAAAUACACAAGCAAAACACAUUUUUAGAGUUUUACAUGCAUAAAACAAUUCUAAAUGCAUAUAAAUGAUGAACUAUAAGCGAACUUGUCACUAGUUGGCACUAUUGACACAAAACAUUGACAAGACAUUACCUGCAUUGGGUGAAAAAAGGGUCUCCCAUUCUGUGUGGAAGUGGUAAGUUUCUGGCUUAAGUUUAGAAGAAAAAAAAUCCAGGCUAGUGUGCUAGGUAGUGGCCGUCUCGAUUCCCUGCAGCAUAAGAGUUGUACAAUGUGGUGUGAACAAUGAAUAAUAGGAGUGUAAAAGAUGCUUCAUGUCUACAGGACUCUAAUGUUAAACACCACAUAUACAAAGUCAUAACAGCGCCAGACAUCCAUACAUUUUCUAUGCCGCUUAUCCUCAUUUUCCGUGCUCGGCAUGUGUGAUCCGAGAUGCCGGAAUAAACAAGCAUCUUCAUUGAAACCUCACGAUUGAAAACAACACUUUGUUCUGCAUUACAUCAUUAAAGCAGACCAAAACUGGGAUGUUCAAAAACCGAUGUUCUGCUGUGCUUAUGAAUCCUUCUGAAAGUGGGAGUCCAUAAAGGUUUGCCGAUAGUGCUAGUAGUGACCUUUUCCAGCCAUAAUAGACAUUUUUACUAGUACCCCUCUCACCCUUACACACUUGGACUUGUCUGCCCUUGUGUGCUUGUGUGUGGUUCUGGCAGACGUUAGCCGUGACGGAUAUUGAUCCCUGCAGACGUGUGGCUGUCUGUUCACCCUUUUUAUUACUUGUGUCCUCUAAAGGAGAUCUUAUUAGCUCUCUAUAUCGGCUAACUCUCCAGUAUUCCCUGGACAUGAAAGCAAUAUUAUGGGAUUAGGGAACUGUAUAUAUUGGUUGAAACCAAACCAAAUCUGCCUUGACAGAUGCUGCCUGUUCUUUGUUGACGGUGGGCAAGUCUCUCCAUGAGGUCCCACAGCAGGUCUGCUUUUCUUUAAGGUGGCUGAUAUGCCACGUUGCUUCCAGUUGAUAGGAUCUUUUUCUGAGGAUGUUAGACAACAGAUCGUUGCGUGUUGGGACAGAUCCAUGACGUCAUGUACGUAAAUUCAUCCUGCCUUCGGAGGAAGUACAGCGUGUGAAAGUGGCCAACGCGCCAGAGGCAAGCACGGCGGCGCGUCAACAAUGAGCGUGCUUGUCCUUGUGAGAGGACGUUAGGCAGCGCCUGACUAUUCCACGUUGCUUUGACAUCAUAGAGCUGAAUUAUCUCUCCACCAACCAGUAUCUGUAUUUUUGAGUAUGUGUGUGACGACACACAAUGACAGGAGUGGAAAACCAGGCUUAGAUAAUAGUUGAGCGAGAGCACAGAGUUCAGGCUUAGUUGUUGAAAGCAAAGAAUGAAUGAUUCCAGUCAUUAUCCCACUGCUUGUGUAAGAUCUUUUUU